UUGGACUUGCCAGGGCCAUUCCAUGUCUAUUUCUAGCUUUUUGAAGUACUGAAAUUUAGUAUAUAAACCGUUUCGUGCUAGAGUAGCGGAAAAGAUUAAGAAGGAUUCACAGCAACAUGUCGUCCCGACCUAAAAGAAAGGCUGUAACUGAUUCUGAAGUUAAAGCUAAAAAGUUACGCGGUGAAACAGAUCUUUGUGAUGGGCUGCACUGGUCGAAUGUGGGUACGGAUAGUAAAGGGGUGUGCCCUUUAUUAAUAACGUUGACUUCGGAUAGCCUAGAAGGAAGAUCAAAAGUAGCAAGUUUUGAUAUAGAUUUUACAAUAAUAAAAACAGCAAGCGGACGCAAAUUUGCCACAGGUCCUAAAGACUGGACUUUCUGGGAUCCUUCUGUGACAGAAAAAUUAAAAGCCCUUGACAAAGAUGGGCAUCGGAUCGUUUUUUUCACCAACCAAGGAGGGAUAGAAAAACUGAAGGUUACACCGGAAGGCUUCAAAGACAAAAUAGAAGAUAUCCUCAAACAACUGGGAAUCCCCGUUCUAGUAUUUGCAAGUACCGGAAACAACCAGUACAGAAAGCCAAGUACGUCUAUGUGGGAUUAUUUUGAAGAAAAAUGUAACAAGGGCGUAAAGGUCAAGAAGAACCAGAGCAUAUAUGUAGGAGAUGCUGCUGGCAGAAAGAAAGGCUGGGCCAAAGACAAGCCCAAAGAUUUUUCUUGUAGUGACAGAAUGUUUGCUGCCAACAUUGGCAUUAAAUUUGCAACACCCGAAGAAUUUUUCUUAGGAGAAAAGCAUGUUCCAUUUCAAUGGGGAUCCCUGGAUCCAAAUAAGUUUCUGUCAUCCAACCCACCAGCUGUACAUGACAAGACCACAUAUGCGAGUAAAAAGCAAGAAUUGAUUGUGAUGGUAGGGCAGCCAGCAUCUGGUAAAAGCACAUUUUCAAAACGUUAUUUAGUGCCUCAUGGCUACACCACAGUAAACAGAGACACCCUAGGCACAAUGGAAAAAUGUGUCAAGAUGGCAAAAGAAGCUUUGGAAAAAGGAAAGAGCGUUGUCUCUGAUAAUACAAACCCUUCAGUAGAUGGUAGAGCCAAGUUUAUCAAUCUGGCUAAGGAAAAGGGAGUUCCCUGUCGUUGUCUCUGGCUACAGACUCCAAAUGAACUCUCUCACCACCUCAACCUUUAUCGCCAAACUUUAACGAAUGGCCAAGUCAGAAGAAUCCCUGAUGUAGGCUACAAUGUAUUUAAAAAGAACUUUGAGGAGCCCACAACCUCUGAAGGUUUCUCUGAAGUUAUCAAAGUCCAGUUUCAGCCAGAGUUUGACUCUAAGACUGAUGAACAGUUAUUUAGAAAAUGGACUGUAUAGUGUUUUAUAUUGUAUACUUAGACCAUGUUAGAAAUUACUGUACAUUUUUGUAGUCAUUUUAUUUAUAAUAAAAAAAUUUUUUAAACUUG